UGUUUCAUUCUCCAAAAUAUAAUAAAAAUAAUAACUUAAUCCCGCGCAAGGCGCGGGUCUUAUCCUAGUAGAUCAUAAAACUACAUGUGUAUUUAUGUACUGAGAUUAUAUUUUCUUACCAACAUAUUGUAUAACUAAGUCUUAAUCAUAAACGAUUUCUGUUGAAUAUCAAUGCCGAUACAAUAACAAUAUGUUGGGAUUAACUCUUCAAUUCCUUGGCUUGCAUCUGAAGAUGAUUUAUAUUCAUAUAAACUAAAUGUUGGGAGUAAAAUCGUUGAAUAGUUGUGUGUUUUCUAAUUGUUGACUUAGAAAUGAUAAAGGUUGGUAUAUGGAGGAGGUGAAGUCAACAAGUAGCUCCAAAAUCAAUCAAUUUCUAGGCUUCAGUCUUCGGUAUACAACAAUCAUCUUUAUAUUGGGUCCAUUUUAAGUUGUUUCAGUGUAACGGUCACAAUAAUCUAAACUGCAAUAUUUAGUUUUGUUAUGAAGCUAAUUAAUAUUGAUUUGGUAAGUCAAACCAUUUAAGAGUAUUUGAAAAAAAAAAGCGCUCAUACUUUUGGAUAAAUUAGGUUCAAAACGAAUGGCUCAAAUUUUGUGGUAUCUUACACAUGAGCGCAGAAGUACAAACUUGAUCGUAGGGUUUUCCUUUUUUUGGUUUGUUAAAGUCCUAUAGGGUUUGUCUUGUUGAUCUGAUUUUCAGAACGAUAUUGAGAUUAAUCUUGAAAUGUAUAUGCUAAAGUUAUAUAAUGUAGAAAACGAUCACUGAUUGUGAUCAAUAUCUAUAAGAGAAAAAAAUGAUUUGAACAAGUCAAUGAUAAUACGUAGAGCAUCGAUGUGUUUAGUCUUUAGUGGCAUGCAUAUUUUUCCAGCUCAGAUCUCAACUCAGAGACACAGACAUCUUCAUGGCCCCAAAUUGUAGACUCCUUGUUUGGCUAAUCAUCUUCAUAUACAUAUACAUAUAAUUUGUAUUUACGUAUUUGUCUAUAGUUAUUUUAAAUUGAAUGGAAUAUAUUUUCUUUAAUUUGUUCUUCUAUAUAAGAUAAAAAUAAAAUUUAUCUUCUAGUAUUGUGGUAGUACUGACAAUUUUAGGAAGACCUUGAUGCUGGGUCACCUUUGCCAACCGACCCACUGUGUUCGGUCCAUUUUGCGUUGAUUAUUUUGGAAUUACUCUAAUGUAUCUUUAUAGUUCUAUGACUUCUGUCUAGUGUCUACGUGUGAACUCUCUAAGUACCUUUUAUGUUUUUAUUAAUAUUUUUAUUCUAAAAUAGCUGAUUUUUUCUUCUAAAAGCAUAACCGCGAAGACUAUAAAUUUCAAGCAUUUCUGAAAAUCAUCAAUUCGAUAUAGUGCCGUGCUUAGCACUUUAGAGACUCAAGAUAAAAUCUUAUAAUUUUACUAUAAAUGUUUAUGAUAAUAUAAUUAAUGUACCAACAUAAAUCUAUCCAAACUUUUUAUAUACAUUAAUUUUUUCAAAGAGACAAAGCUAUAAUAGUAAAAGUUUAAUAUAAGAUUAAAUAUAGGUAAUUGUGAACAUCUUUAUCAUUUAUAUAUGUCAAUUUAAAUAUAUGCAAUGUAUGUAAAAUUACAGGUGAUAAAUUAAUAUGAUGAAUGUAAAAAUACAAUAAUAACGAAAAAGUAUUUUAUAAAAAGACAAAAAAAUAACAAAAUCGUCAAAAUAUAAUGAAAUUAUGAUAAUAAAUAAAUUUAAAAUAUAAAAUAUCAUGAAAUAAAUAUGGUGUAAAACAAAUAUAACCAAAUAAAUAUAGAUAAGUAUUAAUUAGUUGAUUAUUGUAAAUGUGGAAGUAAAGUUUACUUGGUUAACCAUUUGAGUUAUUUAAAAAAUAAAUGUUAAAACCAUUAAAAUUUGUCAUGUGAGAAAAAGAGCAUAGAGCAAUAGCUUUUUUCUUAAGCCAAUGAGCACGGUUUUGAUUCGAUAUAACAUGCAAUCAGCCUAUGUAAUAUAACUCUUCUCAAUUAUUGAACGCUAAUAUAAACUUCAGAGAUUAUAGCUUUUAUAUAUUAUCUAUAAAAAUUAUUUACCAUCGGAAAAUAUGCAAUUUCUUAUAAGCUAAUUAUGUAACUUUCAAAAAAAAAUGAAAGAAACAUAGAAUAAGAUCUCAUUAAGAAAAAAAAAACAAUGGUACGUCCACUUGCGCUUUAUCUAUUGUCGUCAUUUUUUUUACACAGUUACAAUCCAAAUGACUACAUUAUAAACCUUAUUGAGUUUUUUUUAAUACGAAUUUUAAACUAAUCAUGUUAGUUUUUGUCACUAUAGAAAUUCUGAAAUAAUAUAUAUAUACACACUAAGUGAGGACGACAACUACGUACUUCUCUUUCUUUCUUUUUUGUUCAACACGAACUUCUCUUUCAAUAAUUGAAAUUUAGUUGCGGCAUUCAAUUGUUCCCGGCAGGUCCAAGUCAGUGAAUAGCAGUGACGACUACGAAUGACGUGUGCAGCACCAUUAAAUAUUAACCCCUGGAAGCUGCCUGGCUCAGCCUCCGCCCUGUGCCCUCCGCUGUCCGCCGCUGGUGAACCCCCUCCUCCGCUGUCCCUCCCUCCCGAUCCCCCUGACCCUUCCACCCCUCUUUCUCCUCAUGAAUACCCUCCUCUAUCCUCUUCCCCUCCCUCCAAAUCUAGAUCUAAAACUGGCCAAAACCCUAAUCUCAAAGGUUUUUUGGUUCCUCCUCCUUCCACUGCUGAGACUGUGCUACUAGAUGUCACUAUGACACUGCAGCCAGAAUCACCCAAAAAAACUUGCCCCACCAUUACUGGCCCUCAAAAAGGUCUUACCUCAAAUUUGUUACCUCUAACUCAAACUGGUCCCCUCUUUGGAUCUAUACCUCAAACCAUCCUUUCUCCUGAAACUAUUCCAUCUUCAACCUCCAACCCCAUUGACUUCUCUGUCCACAAACCAAAAUCGUCCUCCCCCCUCCUUACCAACAAAGCCGUUUCUCCUAUACCCCCCUCUUCCUCUGUCCAGACUGAAGCAACCCAAAAAAACCCACCUAUUUUUCCUCCUCCCCAAUCUCACCCUCAAGCUCAAACACCCUCUCUUGUAGAAAGGUUGAGAGCUUCUGAAGAUAAAACCCUCCAAAGACUUGCGCCUUUUACCAUAUCAGAGACAGGACGCCCAAGAGUCCUAAUUCCUGAUGUUGUUUUUGAAAAAGGUGCUGAAUUACACAAGGAUUUUAUUGUCUGCUACUACAAUGGUAAGCCGCCACCAUUUAACCAGAUCCAGAGUGUCUUCAACCACAUGUGGGGAAAAGGAAAAAAGUUAGAAAUUCAUAACAAUCCACUAAAUCGCUCUACUCUGGUCAGGAUUCCUAGUGAUUACCUGAGGCAAAAAAUUCUUGAAAAAUGUAUCUGGUAUGUUGGAGACUCUAUGUUUCAUACCGCCCAAUGGAGUUCCGAGCACUCGAUGUCUACCCCUCCACUGAAAGCAAUACGGAUCUGGGCUCACUUGAUAGGCGUUCCUCUUGACCUGCGCUACAAUCAAGGGCUUAGUUUAGUUGCAGGUUUGGUUGGAGAACCAAAAGAAACUGAUGAUUUCACUAGGAGCCUUGUGAGUCUCACUGUUUCCCAUGUGAAAGUGGAAGUUGACCUGACUAAGCCGCUCCCGUCUGUUGUUGAAUUUGAGCGCCAGAGCGGUGAGGUAGUUGAAGUCCAAGUCUCUUACCCCUGGACCCCCCCGACCUGCUCCCACUACCAUGAGCUUGGGCAUAUUGUCCGGAACUGUCUCCUCUAUACCCCUCCUCCCCCUCCUCUUCCAACUCCUCAGAAAACCCCCCAUCCUGCUCCUCCCCUCCAAAAAACUCCCUUCACCUCUUCCUCAAAGAAUCCUCGUCCCUUGCCAGCUAAAAACCAAACAAAAAAAUCUGCUGUCUUUGUCCAAAAAUCCAUUCAGACCAAGCCUUUGAAUCCCCCCAUCUCAACUUCCUCUCAGUUUGAUGCUUUAAUCAAUCUGCCCACUGAUUUCUCUCCUGCUCAUUUAAACUAUCAGUUGACUUUAGCCUCCACCCCAGAGCCCCCACCUCGUCCUUCUCUUAAGCGCUCCCGCUCCUCUCCAACCCUAUCGCCCCCUCACCUUUCUAAAAACACCUGCCCAAACCCUUUCAUCCUUCAUACAUCUAAAUCCACCCUUUCUCUUCCACCAAAUCCAAUUGAACCUAUCCUUACACUUCCACCAAUUCCCAAAGCCCAUCCUGAUAUCUUUGCCUCCCCAAACUGCCCUAAAAAGCUUUUGUCCCUUGAUUCUCAUGCUAUGAAUGAGGAUCCCCCAACUUCUUCUUAAUGAGUGUAAAACUCUUUUUUU